AUGGCUUCCAUGUCUGCCAUAAUCAUCUUCCUAUUAUCAUCAACCCUCUUUAUAGCCUCUUCUUCUCAACUAGCUCGUUCCUUCGAUUUCGAAGUCGGCGACGAAACAGGCUGGAUCGUCCCUCUACAAAACGACACCAAAUUCUACAACAAUUGGGCAUCCGAAAACAGAUUCCUAGUCCACGAUACUCUCCGUUUCAGGUACAAGAAGGACUCUGUUAUGGAUGUAACUGAAAAAGAGUACAAGAACUGCAAUUCCACCCGCCCCAUUUCAUUUUCCAACACCGGCAAUACAGUUAUCGAGCUUGGACAUUCCGGCUUGUUUUAUUUCAUCAGCGGCGCUUCCGGCCACUGCCAACGUGGGCAGAAGAUGAUAGUGAAGGUAAUGUCUGAACAGGAUGAUUCUCGAAACAAAGGCCAUUCCUCGUCUGCUUCGUCCCUGUCUACCAUUUUUCCUCUGUUCGUCAUGUCUUGUUAUGGAGGAGCCGCCAUUCUUCAGAUUGCUCUGUCUCAUUACUUUCCAAUUUCACAAGCUGCUCCAUGA